AUGGGUAGCGCUAACAUGGAGAAUAUCAUUGAUAAAUUCACUACAUUAACUGAAAAACCAGUGAAAUAUUUGGAGGUGCAAAAGAAUAUAAAAAAGGAUAUUCAAAACUUGGUGAAAUCUCUUUACGAUUUUACGAAAUCGCAAGAGCAAAGUGGUAAGUCCAAAACAAAUCAGGCAUUAUCAGAAAUAAUUGUAAAAGAUUUCGAUGAAGAACAAAUAUGGCAGCAAAUCGAGCUCCAAAAUUCACAGUGCUGGGAUCAUCUUGUAUGGGAAGUUGCUAACUGUAUAUCUACUAGAAAUAAUCUGAAAUUCCCAGUUAAGAUUGUUGAAGAUGAGAUGGAGGUUUUAAAUAAUGAGGAGGAGAAGGAAGAGGCUAUUUCUGAAAAUAUAUCAGCUAUAGACAACUUUGAAGAGAAAAGUAAAACAAAGAUUAAAAAUCAUGAAAAUAAACCAAACUCUAAAAUCAAAACAUCUAUAGUAGAUGAUAAAUUUUUCAAAUUACAAGAUAUGGAAAAGUUUUUAAUAAAUGAAGAGAAGAUGGAGGAAAAAGGCAAAAAAGAUACAGAAGAUGAUGAGGGAUCAAUAGACAUGUUUGAAGAUAUAGAUAGUGAAGGAACAGAAGAUGAAGGUGGCAAAGAAAUGAUGUAUUCAGAUUUUUUUAAUGAUGAUAAUGGUGAAGAAUAUGAUAAAAGUAAUGAAAAUGGUGAUUUCAAUGAAGAUGAUGAAGCUACAGUUAAUGAUAAAAAAGUUAGAUUUGCAGAACCUGAGUCUGAUGAAGGAAGUCAGUCAGACGAUGAAGAUACACACAUUGAUAAGAAAGGCAGAUUUGCACAGCCUGAUUCUGAUGACACCGAUUCUGAUGAUAGUACAGAAGAGAUCUCCAAUAAGCAAAUAAAUGAAGAAGACAAGGAAAAAGAUGAAAAGAAGUCUGAAUUUGAGUUGAGACAACAAAGAUUAAAACAGCAGAUAUCCAAAUUAGAGGAAAAAACACUCACUGAAGCUCCUUGGCAAUUAAAAGGAGAAAUUGAUGCAAGUAAGAGACCUCAGAAUUCAUUACUUGAAGAAGUUUUAGACUUUGAUCUCACAACGAGACCACCUCCUACAAUUACUGAACAAACAACUGUCACUUUAGAAGGUUUGAUAAUACAGAGAAUAAAAGAUAAGGCCUGGGAUGAUGUUGUAAGAAAGGAGAAACCAGUAGAUGAUCAGCUACUGUUCAAGAAGCCCGAGGUACUUGACCAUUCAAAGAGCAAGCUAAGUUUAGCCCAAGUUUAUGAAACUGAAUAUUUAAAACAAAAACAAGCUCAAUCAGGAGAUGUUGAAGAGGAAAAAGAACCUGAAAGUCAUACUGAAAUUCGUAAUGCCAUGAGUAAGCUAUUUGCACAACUAGAUGCAUUAUGCCAUUACCAUUACACUCCUAAACCACCUCAAGCAGAAGUCAAAAUUGUAAGUAAUACUCCAGCUAUAUCCAUGGAAGAAGUGGCACCGGUAGCUACAAGUGAUGCUGCAUUAUUAGCUCCUGAAGAAGUUAAGAGAAAACACAAAGGAGAGUUGAUGAGUAAAGAAGAAAGAACACAAACUGACAAAAAUAGAGAAAGAAGGAAAAAGAAGAUAUUACAACGCAAAAAGGGACAUCCUACUGAUGUAACAAAUCACAGAAAUACAACAAAAGGCCCUGAAAGUAAUGACAAAACCUUGAAAACUUCAAAGGCUUUCUUCCAACAGUUAAAUGACGAUUCAAAUAGUUUAAUUAAAUCUAAGAAAAAGAAUGUAAAAAAUAAG